CAUGGCUUCACAAUCGCUUCCAAAGACAAUGAAGGGUGUCAUCAUCGAGAAAACAGGUGGGACUGAAGUUUUGCAAUACAAGACAGACCUGGCAGUGCCAGAACCUAAGGACGGCCAAGUUCUGGUCAAAAACGACUAUGUCGGCAUCAACUACAUUGAUACUUACCCGUAUAUGCUUGGAAGAGAGGCAGAAGGCACCAUCGUCGCGACCGGCCCCGAUACACCACAUGGAUUCAAGACCGGCGAUCGCAUUGUGUACCUAUCCGAGGCAACCUAUGCGGAGUAUACCGCAGCUCCCGCAGCCAAGGCCAUCAAGAUCCCUUCAGGUAUUGAGCCCACCAUAGCUUCUGCCGCACUUCUCCAGGGUCUCACUGCUUUGACCCUGAUCCGGGAGGCUUAUCAUGUGCAAAAGGGGGAUUGGAUUCUGGUUCAUGCUGCCGCUGGAGGAGUUGGCUUGUGGUUGUGCCAGUUGCUUGCCGCUGUUGGUGCAAAGACCAUUGCGACAGCGAGCACACCGGAAAAGCUGGAGCUGGCCAAGAAAGCUGGUGCUGAAGUCCUCAUAAACUACAGUCAUGAGGAUGUCAAGGCAAAGGUCGACGAGGUCACCAACAAGCAGGGUGUCGCAGCUGUAUUCGAUGGUGUCGGCAAGGCAACCUUUGACCUGAGUCUGGACUGUCUAGCUCGCAAGGGCACCAUGGCCAGCUUUGGUAAUGCCAGUGGUGCUGUGCCGCCGUUCGCAAUUUCGCGACUCACGGCCAAGAACGCCAAGGUUCUCCGCCCAACGCUGUUCAAUUACAUUGCGACGAGGGAGGAAUUUGAACAGUACACCAACGAGCUCUUCGACUUCAUUGUCAAGGACAAGAUGGAUGUCCGGAUUCACAAGGUGUAUGACCUUGAGGAUGUUGCUACUGCGCACGAGGUGAGCCGA